UUUCCUGGCUCGACCUUCAGGGCCCCCACGUCUCCAAGCGCCUCUGUUGUUUGGGUCCCGGUUGCUAGGCAACCACCCAGCCUCGGCGACCGCCCAGCCCGGCCCCGGCCACCGUCCCCGAAGCCUUGGGUAGGGAAGAGGCGGCCGGCUGCGUGGUCUGGGCGUGCGGAGCGGGCACAGGGACGCACGCACUUGCUUUACGAACGGAGCCGUUGGCGUUUGGUGACAGUCCCGCGCCGACACGUAAAUAUCGACUAUACAUGGAAAGGCACCCGUCCCCGCGCAGGCGCGAGUUCUUUGCCCCGGGUCUCCUUCCAGAAACCGAGAUGUGUGCCCACACCCAAGUUAUGCACACGCAUUCCUCCCCCACCUCCCGGAGUGCACACGGGAGUGACCACCGACUUCAGAGAGGCUCUUCCCUGCAAGAGAAAGAAGCACACAAAAUGGCAGGACCAUGGUGUUUUGGGCGUGUAUAUUUGACUGUAGUGGCCCUGGUGUUCAUGGCUCAUGGUGUCUCCACACAUCCUACCCAAGAGAAGGUGUUAGCAGAAAAGGUCCAAGCACUGAUGAGCUGGACCGAGCUAGACAGAGUGAUACGGAUGAGUGACGCCGUGUUCUAUCAUUUCCUGCUCGAAACACCGAGAAACUACUCUGCUAUCGUGAUGUUCACUGCUCUCCACAAGUUUAGAUCAUGUGUAAUAUGCAAAUAUGCUGCGGAAGAAUUUCACAUCUUGGCGGACUCCUGCCAGCGCCCCGGUGCGUUCACCAACAAGGUCUUUUUCGCUCUGGUGGAUUAUGAUGAAAACCCCGAGGCCUUUCACAUGUUCCAAGUGAUGACAGUCCCAAGGUUCUUCCACUUUCCUGCAAAAGGCAAACUUGCACCACACGACAUUUAUCCUUUGGAAGAAAGCAAUAUGGUAGCGGAGCAGAUGGCCAAAUGGGUAGCUGAAAGAACAGAGAUCAAGAUCGACAUCAUACAGCCUGCAAGCUAUCGUGGCCUCUUCAAGUCAGGGAUCCUCUCGGCCCUCCUGGGUGGACUUGUGUAUUUACUGAAAUGGAAUAGGAAAUUUAUUUUUAGCAAACGUGUGUGGCAAGUUUUAAUGCUGUGUUUUGUGAUGAUCAUGAUGUCUGGUAAAAUGUGGACUCACAUGAACCGGGCGCCAUAUGCUCAACGGAAUCCUCGCACCGGACACAUGCAGUACAUCAGUGAGGGCAUGCGCUUUCAGUUUGCCGUGGAAACAUACGUGGUUUGCCUGCUGCACGCCUGCGUUUCCCUGGGCACCGUGCUGUUAGACACGGCUGCCGCGUCCAGGGAGAGUGUCCAGAGGAGGAGGGUCAUGAUCUUAACUGGGGUCUGCCUGAUCGCAGUCUCCUUCCCAGGGCUGCUGGCCCUCCUCAGAGUUAAAGUGCCCCCCUACCUCUACGGCUUUUCAUGAGUUAAAAAGUAUCCUAGAGGCACAGAUGACAAAAACAUUUGAAAAAAAAAAUAAAACAAACAUGAAACAGAAAAAUGUGAAUUCAU